UAAACCAGAGGAGAUCAAAAGAGCACUUAAAAAAGAAAAAGGGAAAAAAGAAAAUAUGAGAACUGAAUUGAUGAAAAAAAUAUUGAAUGAGCUAGAAAAAAUUGGCGGUAAAGAAGAAAGACCUCUAAGAGGAAAGGAAGUGUAUAAAAAGAAAGGAAGAAGACAAAACACAGAAAGUAAAGAAAGAUGGCGAAAGGAGGAAAACAAUAUUGAUGAGAAUAAAAAGCAAAAGAACGCAAGAAAUUUAGAUAAAAACAGACAACUCUCUGGUUUAUUAACAAGGCAGGAUAUUCUCAAAAAUAUGUGUGGAGAGGUAACAGCUCCUUGCAGAACACCUUUUCUCAGUUCUGCAAGUACACCCAUAGUGCCAGGAAGUAAUACCAUUCCGGAAGUGAAUAUUGGAGAUAACAUUCCUAGCUCAAGUGAUACAAUAGAUAAAACAAAAGUGUCACGGAGUUCAGGAGGAAAGUCGUCUUCCAUGAACAAUAUUAGUUCUGAAGAAACCGACUCUACUGAAGAUUCCGGAGUUAGCUCCAAUCCUUGCCAAUGCUUCACCAACUUUUUCAGAAUACUGUGUAGUAGAUCUCCUGGGUACUCUAGGAGAUAUAUCUCUAAUAAAGCCACUGUCAUAUCUAAGGACAAAACCAUGUCUGGAGGAUGCAGCACCAGCAGCUCCAGGAGAAAAUAUAACUCUACUGGAACCAUCUCAGCUGCAAGCUUAGAACUUACCCUGGAUAACAGCCUAUACCGAAGCGAGGGCUCGCUUGGCUCGCGAGUCUGGGAUUGGAUCAGAAUUUCGAGAACGUUCUUAGUCAGAGAAAGGAAUUAAAUCAUUGAAAUUAUAAAUAAGAAACCAACCUCUUUUCC